CUACAGCCCACCACCGAGGCAUAUAGCAUUCAGUUAAUCCGCUAAAAUGUCGAAAGCAAAACCUUCGACCCUUAACUCGGAGAAGACAGGCCGUUACAUCCAUUAUAUAGAAAUACCCCUAAAACUAGUAGCCUGUUGGGAAUUCUUCCCAAAUUCUACCAGCGAACGGCUCCUUGUCAUCAACGACAUAUAUUUAGGAAUAGUUCUCUUCGUCCUGACGUAUAUACCAACUUGUUUGACUGUCCAUUUGUACACAGAAUGGCAGGACAUCAUGUCAAGUUUGGGGACUAUUGCCGACUCCCUGCCACUUCUUGUAUCCCUAAUUAUAGUUGCCUACUAUGCCAUGUACCGGCAAGAUUUAUAUGACCUGAUGGAGUUUAUGGAGAAGAACUUUAAGUAUCAUUCUGCGAGGGGAUUAACGAAUAUGACUAUGGAAGAGAGUUGUAAGACAGCUCAACGGUUUGCGAGGAUCUAUACGGCUUGUACAAUGUUUAGUGUCACUAUGUAUGCGACGAUGCCUGUUAUUAUACAUUUAUGGACCAAAGAACCAAUCCAGAGUUGGAUGUACAUGGACAUAACUAGAUCUCCAUUCUACGAGUUCGUGUUCUUAGUGUCCUGCUUAGCGCAGAUGUUUGUUGGGUUAGCCAUGGGGCAGUUUGGAGUAUUCUUCGCAUCAAACUCAAUCUUGAUCUGCGGGCAGUUGGACCUACUAUGUUGCAGCCUUCGAAACGCUCGCUACACCGCUUUGUUACAACAUGGAGUGAAACAUGCAGCGUUGCGAGUAUCACACGCGACGAUACAGGACGAUGAGAAACAUAACUACAUCUAUAAUGUGUCAGAGAUGAAGAAAUCGGUGUAUCAUUAUGAUAAGAAAGUGAGCAACCUUUACGCAGAAGUGAAGACGCAGUUCGACAUAUACAGCUCAGAAUUCGACGACGCAACAGUGAACGCGCUCCGCGACUGCGCCUCCCUCUGCCAAGUCAUCAACAGAUACAAGGAGAUGUUUGAGAACUUCGUGUCCCCUCUGCUGGCGCUACGAGUCGUGCAAGUCACCCUGUAUUUAUGCACGCUACUGUAUGCUGCCACUUUGAAAUUCGACAUGAUAACCGUGGAGUAUUUAGCCGCAGUAGCUUUGGAUAUUUUCGUUUACUGCUAUUAUGGCAAUCAGAUCAUUUUACAGGCCGAUCGUGUAUCCACUGCAGCGUAUCAAAGCAUGUGGCAAACGAUGGGUGUGAGGCCCCGAAGAGUUUUGCUCAACAUUUUACUGGCUAACAGACGACCGGUCAUAGUGAAGGCUGGACGCUUUCUGCCAAUGGAUCUACAUACUUUCGUGGUGAUUAUCAAGACUUCGUUUUCUUACUACACGUUGUUAGUCAACGUCAAUGAACAAUAG